GCUGAACUCAAAUUUCUUGUCACCAUGUCCUACAACUGCUGCUCUGGAAACUUCUCCCACUCCCUUGGGGACCACCUGAGCUACCCAGGCUCCUCCUGUGGCUCUUCCUACCCCAGCAACCUUGUGUACAGCACUGACUGCUGCUCCCCCAGCACCUGCCAGCCCUCCUGUGUGGUGUUCAGUCCCCGCCUGAUGUCCUGCUACAGCCUGAGGACCUCCAUGCUCUGCAGACACUUCCAGAUAACUUAUUAUGGGUCUCUGGACUGUGGGUCCAUCAGAGGCUGCUCCCUGGGUUAUGGAUCUAGAAGCUCCUACUCCCUGGAUUAUGGAUCCAGAAGUUCCUCCUCACUGGGCUGUGGAUCCAGUGUAUUCAGACCCCUGUGUUAUGGAGUUCAUGGUUUCCCUUCCCUGAUCUAUGGAUCCAGAUUUUACUACCCAACAUACUUGGCUUCUAGGAGCUUUCAAUCUUCUGGUUAUAGGGCAACCUAUAGAUCAGCCUUCUGUAGGUCAACUUUCUGA